AUUCGGUAGCGGAAAAUAUAUUUCCCCUUCUCUUUGUCGCACCAAAGACCAAAAAUCUCCCGAAAAAAACCCCCUCCCAUUCCUUUCGAUAUCCCCAAACCAUUUUUUAUAUCCAUUGCUAUCGGGAAGAAUCGAGCGCCGCCGACAAAGCAUCUUUGGAUCGAGCGACGCUGGCAAUCGUUCUCCACUGCUGUCGGGAAGAAUCAAAGUCCCACCUCCUCUUCCCUGCCAAGUAAUAUGAGGUUGUUUGAUCAACAGGAAGCCUGCAACUCUUAAGGGAAGGCAAAACCUGAAGGUAAGUGCAUGACCCGUAGCCAGUCGGGAGAUCUAUUGUCAUUGGACGAGGAGAUUGAACGAACUGGUCGUAACCUCAAGCGCACUUUGAAGGCGCGACUGGCUGCGGAGGAGGUUCUAGCACAACUGCACAUCAACCAGGAGGAAAACAUGGGUGAUCCACAGAAUAAUGAUGUGGUCAUUCCUGAGGAGCACACCAUGGGAUACUACCGGACUGCAAGAGCCGCAAACAUGAGGUCGCCCAUCCAACACCCUCAAGUUCCAUCCAAUAACUUUGAGGUGAGCAUCUAUGUCAUCACCAUGCUGCGCAACUCGGUGGUAUUCCGUGGAAAUGAGGGGGAGUGUCCC